AUGGCAACAUAUGAUGGGACGGGAAACCCAAGGGAGCACAUAUUAAACUAUAAAACAUUCAUAGAGCUGCAAACCCUCUUGGAUUCCUUGAUGUGUAAGGUAUUCCCUACAAUGCUCACAGGGAUAGCAAGGGCCUGGUUUAAUAGUUUGGAGGCUGGGAGUAUCAGAAGCUUUGGCGAUCUCGCCAACCUCUUCAUCAGCCGGUUCAUAGCAGGGAUUCCGGUUGAAAGGAAAACUAGCUAUUUGGAAACAGUCAAGCAAAGGAAGAAUGAAUCCCUAAGGGAAUACGUAGCCCAUUUCAACACGGAGGUCCUACAGAUCUCGGAGCUGGAUGAAAGUUGGGUUGUGGAAGCCAUGCAGAAGGGAACCACCUCUCCUGAGUUCUUUGGCUCACUGUGCAAGAAGCCACCCACCUCUCUGGCAGAACUAAUGAAAAGGGUAGAGAAGUAUAUAAGGCAAGACGACGCCUUAACAACUAGCAGAUUCGCCAGAGAGGCUGCAGAUAAAGGGAAAGCUCCAGAAGAAAGAAGGUCAGAGGGGUCGGAGAGGAGACAAAACAAAGGCCCAGAGACGUAUAGACAACCCUGGGACAGAAGAGAGCAAAGGUCCUACCCACCUUGA